UCUUCAUGCUUGCAGUUUAGGAGAAGAAGAGUUCGCGUGGCUGCGUGCUGCCAGAGUACUGGGGGACUGUGUGUCCGGGCGGUCGGAAUAUGGAUGAUGAGAUGUCAGAUAGCUGGGAAGAACCGGCAGAGGGAGGGGUAAGAGACAGGACUCUAGUGGGUACUCGCUAUUUACGAACUCUCGCAGGCUUAGGGGAUACCCUGGGGAAGCGUUUCAGCCAUCGAGGCGGCCGUGCUGCAGUAGACGUGGGGACGUCGUAGCGAGGCGCGGCGUGAGGAAGUCGGCCGACACUUAAAGGGGCAGGACGGUGAUUACGACGGCGCGAGGAAGGCAUUCAAAUGCAGAGACAGGAGGAGAACUUGAGGAUAAACCAAAAACAUAGAAUUUUGGCCAGCAGUUCUGGCCACUGUCCACUUAAGACCACAGCCAUCAUGAUCCAGGACGGUGCACCGCCUGCAGCACCCCAGCCCCAAAUCCGCAUCUUGAAGCGACCUUCCAGCAACGGUUCGCUGCACCCCCCUGCCGGGCCACCCCGACCUCUGCCUCAAGUAAAGUCCCUGGCCCAGAGGGAGGCGGAGUACGCUGAGGCUCGUAGGCGAAUUCUGGGCAGUGCCAGCCCCGAGGAGAGCCCUCAGGACAGCCCGAAUGCAGUCAGCAGGCCCGUAAGAAUGAACACACCCCAGUUCCCUGAAGAGUCCCGCCCCAACAAUCAGGCUGUCCGCCAAACUGUCAAUCCUGGGGGCGCGCAGGGCUUUCGCCAGCGCAGAUAGAACUCACCGUCCCGCCCUGAGGGUGGGGAGGAUGGGGGUGGGGGGGGGGACAUGAGCUGUAGGUCAUCUUGACCAAGGAGGCUGAAUAUUUGGAGGCACGAGGGGACACAGUGUUUCCUCUCUGCCCUGGGUGAGGAUGUCCCCCACUGUCCCGCCGUGUGGGGAACGUGGGAGAGAUUGGGCCGCACAAGAGGAAAUGGGACAAUGGACAUACAGGCUAGGCGAUUUCUCCCUCCUUUCACCUGACUACUUGCACUGUGCUGUUGCUUUUGCGAGACACUGUUCACUGUGACCCCCCCCCCCCACCCCCACCCCAUGUCCUCUGAAUUGCUUCAUUACCUUUGUGUCCACCUCACCUGCCUCAGCUGGCCCACUGUGACUGGCACUCGGUUUCUGGACAAGGCAAAGCGGCCUUUGAGGACCAGGCGGCUGGCGGGGGGGGGGCUUAGGCCUUUGUAGUCGGCCUGGUUUGUGAGGCAGAGCAGCAGCGAGACCCUCUGAGGCUGGAAAGCAGACACUGGGAGUUCGAACUGUCAGCCAUAGAUGAAAAAAAGAAUGGAAAAGUUAGCCAGCCAGCAUCUCCUAGCAAUAUUAAGUAUAGUAAUAAUUCUGAUCAUCCCUUUUAUAUACUGUCCACAUGGUUAAGUUUGUCAGUGUUUUAAAUUUGGCUUAACAAUAGUCUGAUUUUAUAAUGAUAACCUGGUGGGUUUAAAAUGGGCGCGGAGAUCAGGUGAGUGUUGGGUUUGUGUACAGUGCUGUUUACAGUUGUUUUUGAAAUUCUCUUUGCCUUCCUUAAGCUCAGAUUUUCUAUUUAUAAAUUAAGAUGCAACGGCAACUAGAAUAAAACAUAAUCCACUGGUAGACUGAAGUAAAAUGUAAAACAGCUUUUCUGUUUUUUUAAUUUGAUAGCAAUUUUAAUUGAAAUCAACAGGAAAAGUUUUUUUACAGAACAAUUUGUACCAGUGUUUGAACUUGGCAUGUGGUGCCUAGAACGAUUCUAAUAAAUGGGUAUUCUGUGCUUGUUUUUGCUAAAGUUUUUUUUUCCGCAGCGUAUUUUGAUCAUUUUCCUUCCAUGCCUUGCAGAUGAUAGAAAGAGUUUUAACUAGCACAUUCCUUAAUUAUUUCCAUCUUCCUCUGUAUGUCAUGGUUUUCCGGCUUCCAGUAGUUUGAUCCGCUGCAAGGACAUUCUAAAGCUGGCUGACGGCUUUGGUGAUCUCGUCGGGAAAGGGGGAUGUGCUUAAGCCCGAGAACAUGUAUAGAACAAUCAAUGUCAGGAGAAGUUUUAUAUUGUUACAAUUACUUUUUACCGUUUGCCUGAUUAUUUAACACUAGGGUGGUGCCUUUAGUUAUCUGCAAAUAAUCAUAUUCCCAGAUGGGGAAUGAAAAUGGUUUUGGUUGUUUGCCGGAGACACUUGACCUUUGUGAAUGUGAUAAAUCGGAAUGUAUUUGAUGGAUCUUAUUACUGCUUCACAAAAACAUUAUUUGAAUGAAGAUCUACGUCUGAGUUCACGACAAGUCACAUAUAAAAUGAAGCAGCAGCACUAGGUGGCAGCAAAGGAAAGGGUAACUGUAGAAGAUGUUUGGUCUUGUGAACACAGUAGCUCAAAGUAUUUGAAACAGCUGGGGAUAUUGGAUAGGUGAUGAUUUGGAACCUAUUUCAUUUUGAGAUAAGUUGCAUCAAAAUUGAAGCAGUGUCUGGUAAAACAUGAAAGGACACAGAUCUGGCCAUACAAAGUUGGGCUUUUUAUAGAUUUUCUUUUUAGGUGUGUAGGGGGUUAGAUUGUAGAGGUUGGAGGGUGUGGGAGGAGUAGGGAUUAGACGGGGAGAGGGGAGGCGGGGCCGUCUGGGGACUGCAGUGUUGCUGUUCCGACUGCAUCUAGUUUGAAUAACUUGACUGAUGUUUCAGGUAUUUUAUUGCACAUUAUAUAGUGUAAUAAAAUUAUUUGCCCUCAAUUUCCAUGUGUUAAAUGUAAAACCUUAAGUCCCUGAAGUACCUUACUGUCUGUUGAUUGUCUUGCUGGAAGAGUCAACUAGGUGAAGCAAAACCUUGUAUGCUGCUAUGGCAACCAAAACAUGACAGAUUUUUGUUUUAUUUAAAAUGGUUUUCUACUUCUCAGUCUUUCAUCACAAACUUACACAAAUUUGCAAUAGAUCACACAAUCUUAGGACUUUGUUUAAAUAUUUAUUAAAUGCUGGAAGCUCUACAAUUGCUGUUUGGGUGCUGGAUAAUUUUUAAUAGAUGGUCUCUCAGGAGAUAUGCAUGAUUUGUGAAUGUAGGGUGUAUUUUUAAAGGAUUUAUUGUAGCAUUGUGUUUUUUUUAAAUAACUUGCUUAGGGGAUUCCAUAAUAUUGCUUUAAAAUCUUCAAAUUUAACCUUUAUAUUUCACCUCUUGUGAAACAGGUCAAAUUUCAUAAUUUUGUUAUACAAAAUAAAUGAAUAAUAAUUUUAAAACACUUUGGUAUUAUUAAAAGAUAUGUGUGGUUUUGCAUCAAAUAUGUCUUUAAAAAAACACAUUACUGCAUGCAGGCUGGAGAUCUGCUGCCUUUAUUCAUUUUCUUCUCCUCCAGGCAGGAAUGACAGAUGAAGCACUGAGCAACAUUAUCUCUUGAAGACUUGUAUCCGAUAUCUCUGAAAACAGAUUGUGGAAAUAUAAUUACAUUUGUUUGUA